AUGGAUGAUGAAAAAGUUGGUAUUAAAAAAAUGAUUUCAAGACAAAUAAGAAAUCAUCCAUUUUCAUUAUAUGGUCGUCAACUUUUCGAGAGAAUACGUAGACCAUAUCAAAGAAUUAUUCGAAAAAAUCUUUAUGAUUUAAUUGAAGAUUUGAAUAAUUCAACGAAUUUGAAAAUUCUUAAAUCUAUGGUGGAAGAUCCAAGUGUUCACCUUUCCGAGAAUGAUCUAUAUACUUUACUAGAAGAAUUGACCUUUAUUCAAGAAUUUGGAGAAUAUACGCAAGAUUAUCUGGAAAAACUUGAGAAUCGUAUUAAAACCAUAACAUCUGUUCUUGAAUUAAUCGUUUUUAACAUCGAAACGAUACGUUUAGACGCUGAUUUCUACGAACAAAUUUCAGAUCAAUUGAAAAACUGUGUAUCACGUUAUAGAAAUUAUCCAUCAGUUACUUCCUGGGCAACAUCGUUAAAUCAUUAUAUCCCGAAAGAGGAGACAAUUCACAAGUAUAACUUUGAAUUUCUAUUAGAAUACAUAUUUGAUCUUUUAAAAGUUUUGCAAAAGAAUGAGUUGCAAUUUCGAAAGGUCAACCUUCGUGUGGAUCACUUUUUAAAAGAUUUGGUCGGAUCAUUGGGAAACCUUGGAUUUGAUGGAUGUAUUGGAAAAAAUAUACCUUCUUCAUCUCUACCUCUAGAGCAACGCUGGGAAAGGUUACGUAAUACUUGUGACUUUGGACAUUUGGUAUCUCCCUUCUUUACAAAUUACUACCUUUUAAAGAAAAUUAAAAUGAGCAUUCAAACUUGGUCUUAUGAGGGUAACAAAAUAAUGAUAUCAAAAUAUGGGAAACGUUUGUUAUUAGAGUUCAUGUGGAUGCAUGCCGAUAAUGUUUGGUUUGAAGAAAUGAAAUGUGAUCGAAAGAUGAAUUCAAGUAACGAUGAAAUCCUUACACAGGGUCAGUUAAAGAAUAUUGUAUUCUUGUUUGGAAUUUUGGACCUGAUGCAAAGUUAUAUGAUUGAAAGUGAAGAUUUAUCAACUUUGGCACUUGUCUAUUUUUUUGUUAAAGAAUCUUUACAAAAAACAACAAGUGCUCCGAUACAAAUCAAGUCCACCGUCAUUUUACUUCAAUUAUAUUUUCGGGAUGGAAAUUUUUUUAAAAUUAUCGAACAGGAUUUUGAAUCUUACCUUCUAGACCUUUGUAAAGAAAGCACGGAGGCUAUGACCUGUUUCAAAACAUUUCUAUUAGCAAUAAAAUUAAAAUUAUGUCAAGAGAUUUCACUGAAUGAUAUCCUAUUUGAAAAUCUUCGGGACACGAAUUUUUUAUCACAAAUACAAAAUGGAGGGAAAAUAUCAAACAUGAAUAAAAAUAUGGUUGAUAUAAUAGCAGAUGAAAUGAUGUGUUCGGUUACAUUAGAACCUGGAGAGAAUCUUUGUAUUCUUGGGUGUAAGCACAUCAUAAGUCACGAAACAUUUCUCAAUAUAUUAAGAACGUCAAAAUAUACAUGUCCUCAAUGUCGUCAAGAUAUUCUAGUUAGUACACCACCGAUUCUUAUGUCCAGGGCAACUAGGGGAAAUUAUUUUUCGACCCCUUUACUUAAUUUUGAUUCUGCAACGAUUUCUUCACCAACCGUUUUUAAUUUUGAGGAGGGAUUACCAAAUCAUAAAUCAAAUAUUCACAAUGAACCAUGCCGUAUUUGGUGGCCUUUAAAGAUGGCAAAGAAAUUGCAUCCAGCUUAUAACGAGGCAGUAAAAGCUCUAAAUAAUAAACGAUAUGAAGAAUCCGUGUUGUGGCUUACCUGCCUAUUGAAACAUUAUCCAAGCAGUUACUCUACAAGAUGCGAUCGUGCGUUUAUUAAUUCCCUAUUACUUGGCCAGCAUUUUCGAGCACUUGGAGAUUUAAAUAUUGCUUUAUGUAUAAAGACGAAAAGUCCACAUGCUUGGUAUUUACGUGGAGAAAUAAUUCGAAGAAUUGGCCACUAUGAAGAUGCACUCGUUGAUAUAAAUAGAUCAUUACAUUUAUCAUCAGAAAAUGCCAUUUCAUAUGGAAUUCGUGGUGCCAUACUUUAUAAAUUGAAAAGGUUUAAUGAAGCCCUUGAGGAUUUAAAUUGUUCUUUACAAAAGUUACCUAAUAAUGGAUAUUGUCUUAGUUUUCGAGGGGCUACACUAAUGAAAAUUGGGUUGAAAAAUGAGGCGCUUGCUGAUUUUAACAAAGCCUUAGAGAUUAAUUCCGGUGAUGUGUUUGUGCUUGUUAAACGCGCGAGGCUUCAUCAUACACUUUAUUUGGAUGAUCUUGCGCUUAUCGAUAUCAAUAAUGCUCUGAGUAUUAAUCCAUGUAAUUACAAGGCGCUUUUGACUCGUGGAGAGAUAUACGCUGCGAUGAAACGAGACUCAGAAGCAUUAUUAGACAUCAAUAAAUCUUUGGGUAUAAAUCCAAACAACAUUAAUGGAUUGAAAAUUCUUGCCAAAAUAUAUCAUAAAAUGAAUCGUAAUGAAGAGGCUCUCGAGAAUCUAGAUAAAGUAUUGAAUCUGAAAUCUGAUGACGUUUCAAUACUUGAAUUACGAGGUGAAAUUUAUCGAUCGAUGUGCUGUUUUGAAAAGGCGGUUGAUGUUUUUAAUCGAAUAUUACAACUCGAUUCCAAUAAUUUAUUUGCUUUAUCCUAUCGUGGUGCUACAAAAUAUGAUCAGGAAUUAUAUGAAGAAGCCUUGAUUGAUGUGAAUAAAGCCUUGGAAUUACGAGGAGAAAAUAAUUCAUUUAUAUUAAAGACGAGAGCAAGGAUACUUAUCGCAUUGGAGCGAUAUCAUGAAGCAUUAAUGGAUCAAAAUGAAAUAUUAGAAAAUGAUCCUGAUAAUAGUGUCAUUCUUUUAGAACGAAGGGAAGUAUAUCAUAAAUUAGGUAUUUGUGAUAAAGCACGCUCGAAUUCGACAAAUCGAUGUAGGAAAACAUUAAAGCCCACCUAUUCAUGCUAA